GUCUGACCACAAAUUUUAUCAUUAAUGUGAUCUAAAAUCUAGAAAAAUUAAAUUGAAUUUAGGGCAAUUUCGAAGAGAUCAACAAUGCCUACCGUUUCAACAGCUCGAAGCUCCGCUUACCUCACAGCUCUUACACAAGAGAUUGAAAAGAAGCUUCAGCGUGCAUUGACUUCGCCCUCGCAGAGGCGUAACUUACUGCAAGAGCUUUUCGCUGAUAUAGCUUUGGAAGUAGAUGAUCGAGCAAAAGAGAUAAUACUCGGCACCGAGGAUGCUAUUAUGGUUGCAGAGGAACGGGCUGAAGGACCGACAUGCUACUACUAUGUGCUUGCUGAUCAUUUUGUCCAUGUACCUCAGAAUGGAAAACCGAUCCUUGAUUUAAUCGUCCAACUGUGGAGCCAAUCUUUUGCGGCAAAUAUUUUUUCACUCCUUUUCCAUAAGUGGUUGUUUGAGGUUCAACUUGAAAAUUCUGAAGUCCUCCUCCGAUACUCAUCAGCUCUUGUUCAAGGAGCUACAAAUGUAUUCUGGAUUGACAUCCAAACAAACACAAGGCGUUUCCAGAGUCUUUUUAAGUAUCUGCUCGAGGAAGUUGCCCUUGUUCCUGACCGAUUAAAGAAGAUCCCUUUGCAGGCCCAAAGAGAUCUAUUUCUCUUCCUCUCAAGGUUCAUAUUUUUCUAUAAGCUAGGUGACAAACUAGGAAGUUUCUUAAGGCAAUUCCCUGAUUUCCCGAAUGCUUUCUUGAUUGGUGGUGCAGCAGAUAUAUUUGUCACUGAACUAGCUGAUCAGCUUCAAAAACUAAAAGUGGAGCCAGUGUUGUUGCAUUAUCUCUCCCAAUUGAAGGUCCUUCAAGGAUUAGAGUUGAGAAUGGCUACUAGUACAAGAUUGAAAACUUGCUUGUAUAGCUUCACGUCACCAGGUGCUCCCAUGUACCCAACAAGAGCUGUCCGCCAUGCAGCAUGGGAUGCAUUAGAUAUGCUAUAUCCUGUCGGACGAUACCCUCGGCAUAGUAUAAGUCUCUUUUUCCGUUUGCUGUAUCCUUGGUAUUGGCCUUCUUCAUUUUGGAACUUUAUAAAGUCAUGCAUUCUGGCCGUGCUCUAUUCUCUUUUGAGGUUAAUAUUUUGUAGUUUGUAGUUGGGAUAAAGUGAGGAGUAGACCAAAGGAGCAAUGAUGUCGCCCAAUGGUGUUCGACAUUUAAGCUUUGUGCAGAGUAAUGUUGUAUGUUUUUUAAGUCAAGAAGUUUGGUUCUUGAUGUAUCAAAGGUUUUUUUCCUGCAUGUAAUUAAGAUAUUGGGAAUUAUUGUUUUCGGAAGCAUGGUGGUGUAGAACGAUAUACAUGUAGAAUUGUUCUCAUUUCUACUGUAGCGGAUAUACUAGUUGUGUGCUUUUACUUUUCUUAGUUCAGGUUGUAGGUGAAAAAAAUGCCAGGA